UGAGCAUCGACUGGAGGCUAAAUCAGUCGAGGACUGAACCUCAACGGUAGCACAACUUAAAUCUCCGCGCUUAAACUGUUUUACUUUCGGGCAAACGCUAUCAGUUUUUCCAGUGAAUCAAAUAUAAUACGUAUUGUAUAUUGACUGUAGCAAAUGAUCGUUCAAUUUAAGUGCCUGGGACUGGCGCUUCUUCUGGUGUCGCUGGUCCCAAAUGAAUCGAGCGCUUAUCAACCUGGCAGCGGGUUAUCAGCUCAUGCGACUUAUGCCAGCAAUGCGAGAGCUCAAGAGCAGCUGGCGCCCAUCUAUGAUCGUGAUGCGCCUUGCCCGGCUCACUAUAAUGGAUUGAAACCAUAUCCACACGACUGCCAUCGCUAUAUCAACUGCGCCGAGGGUCGUCCGUCGAUACAGACAUGUGCUUCAGGCACAGCGUUCAAUCCCUCGACGCUCGUCUGUGAUCAGGCGAGUAAAAGGACGUGCGAAAGUGCCGCUCAACCGAAUCGUUCGGAGCGUCUGCAACAACUGGAUGCGGAACCCAAGUGCGCACCAGGCUUGACUGGACUGCAGCCACAUCCUUACGACUGCAGCAAGUUCCUGAACUGCGCCAAUGGACAGACUUAUGUACAAUCUUGUGGACCUGGCACUGCUUUCAGUCCAACCAUGUUGGUCUGUGAUUUUAGGCACAAAGUGCAGUGCGGAGAUAAUCAUAAUUUCAAUGGCGCUACAACUGCUGCUGCUAACGGUCAAGCAAGUGAUUUUGCGGUGGAUCUAAGUUGCCCGCCUGGGGUACGAGGUCCGCAUCCCCAUCCCACUGACCCUCACAAGUAUCUCUCCUGUGGAAUUGGCAUGCAACCCAUUGUACAGGAAUGUGAGUUGUCUUGGGUAUUCGAUAGCAAUCUUUUGACGUGUGUUUCUAGCCACCGCCAAGCUCAUUCCUACUCUGCCCGGAAUGAUUUACUCUGUCCCGACGGUGUCGAGGGUUUGUUUGUGCAUCCCUUCGAUCAGACAAAGUAUCUCAGCUGUAAAAAUGGCAAGGUAGCUGUGCAAAGCUGUGAGCCCCAGAAAGUGUUUAGCAUAUCGAGAGGCAACUGUCACCUCAAAUCUCAGUUGAGCUAUAGCGAUUAUGUGACUUUUAUGGUCUCAGAUAUCAGCUACGAGUAUUCAUUGAUACUGACCCAUUGUCCUGAUGGCACAUCUGGCCUUCAUCUUUAUCCCUACGAUGCUGGCAAGUACAUACAAUGUGCUGCUGGCGGAGCGUUGACUGUGAUCAGCUGUACUCCAAGUAUGGGCUACAGUUAUACUCGACAUAGUUGUCAGCUACUUGAGCACUUGAGUCGCAGCGAACGGGUAAAGUUCUGGUCAGAGUUGGUCACAACCAGCUAUGAUCAGGUUUCACAAUCGGAGCUAAGCUAUGGUCAGGUUUCGUACUCCAAGCUGUCGACUUGUCCGCAAAGUCUGCAGGGCAAGUUUGCCUAUCCCUUCAAUGCGGCUUACUUUGUGCUCUGCCAGAAUGGUCAGCUGCGUGUGGAGUCGUGUCCAUGGGGCACUUACUAUAGCAUCACAAAGCGUAAUUGCUUGUCGGCCAAUCAGUUGGCAUCACAUGAAUAUCUGGAUUAUUCCUACACCAGCGUGCAAUUGUCCAGCAACUUUAGGCAAGACCUUUCAUUUGUUGUUUGUCCCGAGAAUGCUGUGGGUUACUUUUUGCAUCCUUUUGACUGCAAUAAAUACUUCAGCUGUCGCGGCCAGCAGACUUUCAUCAAGAGCUGUGCAGAGGGCAAGGUAUUUAGCAUCUCACAGCGAAUUUGUGUGGAUACAUCGCGUUUGGCUGCCUACUUUGAUCGUGUGGAUUAUCUGGAAAGAACAACAGAUGAGCUUUAUCAGCAGAGUCAGCAGACAGCAGUCGAAAGUGGAGGCUAUGCUCAGUCUGGAUCAUCACGUUUAGUGGAGACGCAUUCAUCACCCAAGUGCGCUCCUGGUGUGUCCGGUUUGCAGACACAUCCUUACGAUUGCACCAAGUUCCUGAACUGCGCCAAUGGCCAGACUUAUAUACAAGAUUGUGGACCUGGCACCGCCUUUAGUCCUUCGCUAAAGGUCUGCGAUUUCAAGCAUAAAGUGGAUUGCGGUGCUAAUCAUUAUGGGGAAAAUUCAUCGAACGGAUAUUACCAACAAUCAGUAGCUGGAAGUGGAGCAUAUGACCAGUUUGGCUCAGGUCGUUUGGUAGAAACGCAUUCAACACCCAAGUGCGCUCCUGGUGUUUCUGGAUUACAGCCACAUCCCUACGAUUGUACCAAGUUCCUGAAUUGCGCCAAUGGACAGACUUUUAUUCAAGAUUGUGGACCCGGAACAGCUUUCAGUCCAAACCUAAAGGUCUGUGAUUACAAGCAUAAAGUGGAUUGCGGUGCAAAUCGUUUAAAUACAUCUUUAAACAACGGAGCUUCAAGUGGUGCUGCGGCUGCUUUAAGAUGCCAGCCAGGUGCCCAAGGCUUGCAUCCCCAUCCCACUGACCCUCAAAAGUAUCUUAGAUGUGGAAUUGGCACCCAGCCUAUUGUGGAGCAAUGCCAUUUGGCUGAGGUAUUCGAUAGCAAGAGUUUAUCUUGCAUUCCUAGUCGAACCUUAGAUCAAAAUUCUUCUGCUGGAACGAGUUAUCUGCUCUGUCCUGAUGGUGUCGAAGGAUGGUUUGCUCAUCCCUUCGAUCAGACCAAGUAUUUGAGUUGCAAAGGCAAAUUGGUGACUGUUCAGAGCUGUAAUUCCGGUCAGGUGUUUAGCAUAUCGAGAGGAUACUGCCAUCCAAAGUCGCAGUUAAUCUACAGCGAUUAUGUGGCCUACAUUGUCUCAGAGAUCAGUCAAGACUACUCUUUAAUACUCCACAAUUGUCCUGCUGGCACUGAAGGCCUUCAUCUUUAUCCCUACGAUGCUAGCAAGUAUUUGCGCUGUUCAUCGGGUGGAAAAAUGUCGCUACACAGCUGCGAUCCCAAUUUGGCAUACAGCUUCAAGCAACGAGCUUGUCGCUCUAUUGAACAUCUUGAUGCAGGGGAACGGGUGAAGUUUAUCUCAGAGAUGAUUAUUGCCGGUACUUUUAUCUACACGGAUACACAGAGUUCACUCUUAGCCUGUCCCCGUAGUCUGGAGGGAAAGUUCGCCUAUCCCUUCAAUGCGGCUUACUUUGUGCACUGUCAGGGAGGUGUUCUGCAAUUGAAGUCUUGUCCGCGAUACACCUAUUACAGUCUGGCCAAGCGUGAUUGCUUUGCUGGACAACAGCUGACGCAGCAUGAAUUCCUGGACUAUUCCUACACCAAUGUGCAAUUGUCUAGCAACUUUAUGCAAGACUUUAAGCUUGUAGUGUGUCCCGAUAAUGCUGAUGGUUAUUUCCUUCAUCCCUUUGACUCCAGCAAGUAUUUUAGCUGCGGCAAUCGUCAAACCUUCAUUGAGCGCUGUGAACUGGGCAAGUUCUUUAGCAUCUCGCAGCGGCGUUGUGUGGCUAAAAAUCAAUUGAGUGCCGCAUACGAUCGUGUGGAGUUUGAGUACACUCAAGUGGAUCAACACCGACAGAGCAAAGUUGAUAGCUCACACCAGGAGAUAAGUUGUCCUUAUGGUGUAAGGGGAUUGCAUCCGCAUCCUUAUGACUGCGCCCAGUUUCUAAACUGCGCUGAUGGACACACUUCGGUGCAGCAUUGUUCACCUGGCACGGCUUUCAAUGCAGCCGCUUUGGUCUGUCAAUUCAUAAAUAUUGUGGAUUGCGGGGACAGAAGCUUAAAUGGAGCAGGAAAUGUGACUUCCACGCACUUUGGAUCAGUUGAAUCAAGUGGGUCAACUGUUGGUCCUUAUUGCCCACCAGGAUAUCGCGGCCUACGUCCACAUGCCAGCGAUCCGCGUAAGUAUCAAAAGUGCGGCAUUGACGUCCAACCAAUUGUGGAGGAAUGUGGAUUGGAUGAGAUUUUCGAUCCACAUACAUUGAAUUGCUCGCCGGUGGGACUCAAUUACGGUCCAAUUCAACCUACCCAAAGACCCUCGUUGCCGCGAAACGAUCUGCUCUGUCCUGAUGGGACUGAAGGUCUUUUUGUGCAUCCCUUCGAUCAGACCAAGUUCCUUAACUGUAAGGGCAAUAGGGUCGCCAUACAGAACUGUAUUUCCAACCAUGUGUUUAGCAUAUCGAAAAGUCAAUGUCGCCCCAAAGCUGAGCUGCAGCCCACUGACUAUGUGGGUUACACCGUAUCGCAGAUUAGUCAUGAAUAUUCCUUGGAGUUAACUCGCUGUCCGGCUGGCAUUGAUGGUCUGCAUCUCUAUCCCUUCGAUGCGGGCAAAUAUGUGCGCUGUGAUACCGGAGGAGAGCUCUUCGUGGUUAGCUGUGGAGAGGGCAGGGGCUUCAGUCUUAUUGAACGUACUUGUCGUCCAUAUGCGUUGCUGCAACAAGGGGAUUACAUCAGACGCUCGUCUGGCUCUGUUUAUGUCGAGAAUUCAAGCUUUCAAUUUACUUUGACGGCUUGUCCACGCAGCAUGGAUGGCAAGUAUGCCUAUCCUUAUCACGGUGCUUACUUUGUCUACUGUCAGCAUGGUGAAAUGCAGGUGGGCCAAUGUCCCACUGGAACCUUCUUCAGUCUGUCCAAACGUGUCUGCCUGCCGCGUUCUCAGCUGUCGUCGCACGAAUUCCUCGAUUAUUCCUACACAAGUGUGCAGUUGCCCACUUUCUAUGGCCAAGAAAUUACUACGAUUAAUUGUCCUUUCAACGAUCAGGGUUACUUUUUGCAUCCCUUCGAUUGCACCAAGUAUUUGAAUUGCCUCAAUCACAGGACUACCAUUGAGAGCUGUGAUCAGGGACAUGUCUUUAGCAUCUCGCAGCGACGUUGUGUGCCCGAUGCUCAUACCUUGAACUCCAACUACGAUCGAGUGGAAUACAUGAAAGCAGAAUUGUACCAAGGAUCUCGACAAUAUAGCGAUGGAAGUGCUUACAAUCGCGUGAGCUGUCCCAGUAAUGUGUAUGGACUGCAUGCACAUCCCUUUGAUGCCCAAAGCUAUCUGUAUUGUGUGGAGGGAUUGACGGAGAUCUGGAAGUGUCCGGCGAACAUGCUGUUUAAUGUGGCUCAAAAGGUUUGCCAGGCAACUGAUCGACUGUCGGCCAACGAACACGUGACCAGCUUUGGCCAAGGACAGCUGCAGCACUUAGAGACCAUCAGUUGUCCCAGAGAUGCGGUGGGCAACUUUGUUUAUCCCUUCGACUGUACCAAGUACUUGAGAUGUGUAGCGGGUGAAACUCAUCUGGAGAGUUGUCCGCAGGGCCAACACUUUAGUCUAUCGCAACGAAGCUGCCAGUUGCAACAACAAGUGCAACGUUCCAAUCGUGUCGACAAGAGCAGUGAAUUAAAGAUCUUUUACGAUUGGUGGCUGCAAAUUCGUGCGGCAAACAGCAGCAGAAUUUAUUGUCCAUCUGGAGUAAUCGGGUAUUAUCCGCAUCCCACGCGCUCCGAUCGUUACUUGAGCUGCUCUCCCGGUUCCUCUAAUUCGCUGGCGUUGAUCCUUGAGUGUCCCGCAGGAAAAGUUUUUAGCAUUGCCGAAAACAAUUGUGCAACACGCGAACAGUUGCUCGGUCCCAACGUAGAAUAUGCAUUGGGCAACUACAAUUGGCGAGAAGAUCUAAGUCUUGAAUACCGUGAGCCGCGCACACAUCAAGGAAGCUACGAUCAGUCAGGUAGUGCUUCAGGCAUUAAGACGACAACAUAUCAAGGUGGUGAUCGAUGGAGUAACAUGAACAUGCAGCGACCUGCUGGCAUUGGCUUUGGCUAUCCCGGACAGCAGCAGCCUUCACAGCCUCCACAACCUCACCAGCCGGCUGGUUGGUCGGGCCACGGAAGCUCCUACAGUCAGCAAUCGCCCACGCAAAGCGUGCUCUAUGUGGAGGGUUCACUGCAGCCAAAGCGUAAUUAUCCUGAGUCAGCCACAAACACAAUCUAUAAAGCACCGCUGGCUCCAAUGGCGCCCGUGCCAACGACAACGACAUCAAGCCAGGAGCAUAUCUAUUAUGCCCAGCCCGUGGAUGAACCACAAACUUUGUCGCGUCAGAACUUUAGUCGCAGAAUCGAUGUGCAUGUGCCGUCUAAUGAAUGGCGACCACUGCCCCAAAAUCCCUCCUCCCCGCCUCAAUAUCCUUCCUACCAACCCCAAAAUCCUUCUACACUACCUCAACACCCAUCUACUCUGUCCGGACAGCGACCCCUGGACCUAGAUUACGAUCCGUCUACUCCCACUAGUCCCAACCCUUAUGGUAUUGAUUACGAACCCUCUCGAGAUAGUCCCCGACCUACAUACCGGGAGCGGCUUCAGCCAGACUUUAAUUCGCGGACCACUCCACCUCCUCUACCCGGACAACGACCUCUAGACCUCGACUACAACCCACACACAAGUGUUGACCAGCUGCCCAGUGCUUCAGGGCAUCAGCCCAGUUUUAGGCCACCACCUCCAGUUCCUGGCGUGCCCGCUAAUCACAGUCCAAGUUAUCAUGCUCCUUCUCAACCUUCAGACGAGUCCAAUCUCUAUGGUGGCCUGCAGCCACCACCACCUUCUCCUGCAAAUACCUUGACUACCACAACCCAGUCGAGUGUGCGCACGUUUCCCAUUUAUCCGCCCUUAAGCAACGCAUCGCCUAAUCAGCCAGGCAGCUAUCCUCAUUAUAGUCCACCCUAUGCAGGUGUUGCGCACUCGCGUAAUACUUCUUGGCACAAGGCGCCACCGCCAGCUCCAGCUCCUGAUCCGUUCAAUGCCCAAGAGGAAUACGAUGAUCAGGACUUGGAUGAUGCUGAGCUGCUGACCACAAGUACUGAAAAAAGUGGUUUGAGGCCACCGCCGUUCAAGCAUGACUUUUACAAUCCCACGCAAAGUGCCCAACCCAAUGUGGAUCCGAAUUCAAAGGCGGCUCUUAACGAGGCAUUGCGUCUCAUGCUGCGGCCCUAUUUCAAUCAUAGCGGCAAUGCUGCAGAGGCUCUAACAUUACGUGCUGAAUCCGCAAUAGCAUCGGCUAUUAGUAGACCCCCAACCUCGACUACCCCGCGAACAGUAAGACAUCUUAGUGGACAGACGCCCAAAGAUGAUGUGGAAAUGAUUGUGGCAGGCGAACAGGCAAGCCUUGACGAUUCUGACGAUUCUGUUGUUCCAGAUGCGGGCGAGACGGCGCGCACUGAGCAGACUCUCAAUCCCACAACCUAUGCCAACGGCUAUGACACAACCGACUUUCAGCGGACUACCCGCAAGGUAGAUGUCGAAGGCAGCACAACACCAAGUAAUUGGCACACGCAGGGUCACAGUCGUGAGUUCCACCUGCGUCAUCCAAACAUGCCCGAUCCGUUCGAAAAGCCGCAACACCAUCACAAUCCCCAUCAUCCCCACCAUGACCAUAACCACCACCAACACCACAAUCCUUCCCAUUCCGAGCACCAGCACAGUCGUCGCUUCCACAGCCAGCAUCCUAAUUUGCCCAAUCCCUUCGCUGACGAAGAGCAAAAGCCGCAGCAGCAAGAUGAUGACGAGGAGUUUCUGCCCAAUCCAAAUGCUGAAGCCACAACACCACAAAGCGUCGACAUUAGCUUUCGCGGCGACUUUGAGGACUCCUGUGAGUUCGAUUGUGGCGGCGGCAAGUGUGUAAAGCAAUCGCAGGUCUGUGAUGGCGUCAACAACUGUGGCAAUCGCAAAGAUGAGUCCCGCUGUGAUCACCUGGGUUAUCAGCUAAGGUUAACCGGCGGCAACAGUCCAAACAUGGGACGUGUUGAGGUCAAAAUCAAUGGUCAAUGGGGUUAUGUUUGCGAUGAUAAUUUUGGACUACGGGAUGCGGACGUUGUGUGCCGGGAACUGGGCUUUAAGAUGGGUGCCGCCGAGGUGCGCGGUAACUCAUUUUAUGUGCCGCCCGAGCGCAACUUCAACUAUGUUAUGGAUGCAGUCGAUUGCCGCGGCAAUGAGACAAAGCUGAAGGACUGCGACUUCAAGGGUUGGGGUGUUCACAACUGUGGUGUCGAUGAGGUUGUCGGCGUUGUCUGCAAGGUGCCGCUGCUCAAGUGCCCCAACAACUUGUGGCUGUGUCACACGUCAAAGGAGUGUAUACCUCCAGCCUUUGUGUGUGAUAAUACUGCUGAUUGUGCCGAUAAAUCAGACGAAAGUGAUGCUGUGUGCAAGGCGCCCGUAGAGUACCGCUUAGAGGGUGGAAGGAGUCCAAAUGAGGGACGUCUUGAAGUCAAGUACCAUGGUGUUUGGGGCAGCGUUUGCGAUGACGAUUUUAAUAUGAAAUCCGCUCAAGUGGCCUGCAACUCGCUCGGCUACUACGGCACACCGAAAAUGGAAGCCAACAUCUUUGGGCCAGGCAACGGACCUAUUUGGCUGGAUCAAGUGAUGUGCCAGGGCAAUGAGACGAGCAUUGACACGUGCAGCCACUGGAAUUGGGGCGAACACAAUUGCAAUCACACAGAGGAUGUCAGUCUGCGUUGCACUGCAGGACCACGACCACGACAGCAGCGACUUUUCACCAAGUUGCAGCCAACGAGCGCAAAUAAGACAGCCGGUGAUGCAAGUGCAGUUAGUUUCUCCGAUAUUGGGCUCUGGGAGAGAUCGAGCAAGGCGCUGCACACGCCAAGACGCUGCGGGAUCUUCAAGGAUGAUUUGUUGGAUGAGUUUGCGCAUCCCGAAGAGCGUGUUGUCAAAGGUAGCGUGGCACGUCGUGGUCGCCAUCCCUGGCAGGCAACCAUACGCACUCGUGGACGUGGCGGCAUCUCCAGUCAUUGGUGUGGUGCUGUGGUCAUCUCGAAGCGACAUCUGCUCACUGCUGCCCAUUGUCUCUAUGGUCAUCGGAAGGGCGCUUACUUUGUGCGCGUGGGCGAUCAUUAUGCCAACAUUGCCGAGCACUCCGAGGUGGAUUCAUUCAUUGAGAACUGGUACACACACGAACAGUUCCGACAGCCUACGCACAUGAACAACGAUAUUGCCGUUGUGGUGUUGAAGACGCCACUCAAGUUCAACGAUUACGUCCAACCGAUUUGCCUGCCGGAGCGUGGAGCUCCGCUUACCGAGAACCGCACCUGCACCAUCUCCGGCUGGGGCUCCAUUAAAUCAGGUGUUUCCACUCCCUCGCAGGAGUUGCGUGCUGCGCAGUUGCCCAUUUUGCCGGAUACCACCUGCAAGCAACUGAAUGUCUACGGCGAUGCUAUGACUGAGGGCAUGUUCUGCGCCGGCUCCAUGGAUGAGAGCGUCGAUGCCUGCGAGGGCGACUCUGGCGGCCCGCUUGUCUGCUCCGACGAGGAUGGCGAGACACUGUACGGCAUCAUAUCGUGGGGUCAACACUGCGGCUAUCAGAAUCGUCCUGGCGUCUAUGUGCGUGUCUGUCACUACGUCGAUUGGAUCUACGAAAAGAUCAAUCAAAGUUUAAUGCGCAUGUAAGGCGCUGCGUUGCCUAAUAUGCUUAACCCAUUACUUGCCUUUUAAUUUAAUUGUUUUAAGCAGUGCUAUGUAAUAAAUGAUGGCACCUAAAAGUAUGCAAAGCA